AUGGCUCAUGGGCACGCUACAUUUCAGCAGUUCUGGAUCGACGGCGUUGAUCAGGGCAGCAUCUGCGCUCGCCUUCCUCCCGGCAAUAGUCCGAUCGAAGACGUCACUUCGAACAACCUCCGCUGCAAUAUCGGAGGUGCCAGCGGCGUGGCGGGCAUUUGUGAAGUUCCUGGUAUGUCAAUCUGCCCUUGCCAUCCUUCGGCUCAGGCUGACACCCGCACACCAGCGGGCUCCAUGAUUGAGGUCGAGAUGCACGAGCAGCCGGGUGACCGUGAUUGCGAGAAGCCUGCCAUCGGAGGAAACCACCAUGGCCCUGUCAUGGUCUACCUCGCGGCCGUCCACGACGCCACGACUGCCGACGGCUCAGACCCAUUCUUCAAGAUUGGAGAGUAUGGAUACACACCUGAGGACCAGGUCUGGGGAACUGACUAUCUGAACAACAAUUGCGGUCGCUUCGGCGUGCUGAUACCGGAGAACCUGCCCUCUGGCGAUUACUUGGUUCGCGCAGAGGCUGUUGCGCUCCAUAGUGCAGGUCAGCUCGGCGCGGCGCAGUUCUACAUGACCUGCUACCAGAUCAAGGUGACGAACGGGGGCACUGCUUCGAUCCCGUCAGGCGUAUCUUUCCCCGGGGAAUACAAGGCUGACCAUCCUGGGAUUCACAUCAACAUCUGGGUGGAUGACAUUGAUGCCUAUGUCAUCCCCGGGCCUCCCAUUGCCGAGGUUUAA